GUCUUACUAUAUAUGAUGCAGAAUUGACUGUUAUUGAUGAUAAUUAUACCAUUGACUUCAAUGUUACAGCUCCAUGUGAUAUUGCUCUAUUAAACAAUUACACAUAUACUUUACUACAUAGAGAUUACUGUCAGACAGAACUUAAUUCAUCACAACUUAAUAUUAGUAUACCACUUGAUGAUAAUGUUCUACCUAACACAAUGAUACCAAUCAGUGUUAACAUUGAAUCAUUGAUUCAUGAUUCAACGUGGUCAGUAGCUCUUAAUGUAUCAAACAGGUUUGGUUCUGAUGUGACAGACUAUACUAACAUUACAAACAAUAAAACUAACAAAAAUCAGUGUUACUCGGAGCCUAUUUUAUCACUUUCAACUGCAAUAGUGCUUUCACAAACAGUUACUCCUUCUCUAUCAUCAAUCUAUAAAUCUGGUUCUAUUCAAACUUCAAUGGACUGCACUGCAGUUAUUAUCACUAGUACAGUAUACAUCAGUAACAUCACUACAACACCAUCAAAUAAUGUCAUUCCAAUUGUUAUUGGUACUACAGCAACUGUUAUGAUACUACUGAUAGUAGUAAUAAUACUACUCAUUUUCAUGAUAUUUUUAUGCUAUAAAAGAUCUGAUAUAGCUGGAAAUAGAUGCCUGUCCUGCAUAUGA